AUGAAGGAGAAGGCCCAAAGCCAGCAAUACCUCACCCCACCCGAGGAGAAAGCUCUUGUUGCUUUCAUAUUACGAAUGAGUGCAGUUGGAACUCCUAUACGUGUUAAGUAUAUACCUGCACUUGCCUUUUGCAUUGCCCGCCGACGUGCCACAAAACGACCCUCCGAGCCACCGAAGAAGAAUUGGCCUCAGGCCUUCUGUCGCCGCCACCUACAGAUCAAAUCGAGGAAUAAUAGGCCUAUGCCGUGGGAGCGUCAUGAUAAUAGCAUAUAUGACAAGGUGGUACAU